UAACUUACCAUCUGCGGAUGUCUUCACAUCCCCUCCCCAUUCAACAUGCCCGAACCACCUCGAAAGCGCUCCCGCAUUGCAUGCACCCUCUGCCAAUCCCGCAAACGCAAAUGUUCAGGGGACCAGCCCUGCGCAACAUGCGCGCAAUUCGGCUCGACCUGCCAGUACGACCUGCAAUCGCGCCGGAAACGCGAUGCCCGGCUGUUCCAGCUGCAGGCGGGGGAGACAGCACACACAACCACCUCCUCGUCCACCAGCAUCAUGACCUCCUCGCCGAUAGCAAUGGGAGGCAUCUCUCCCCCCAAGACCUCCCCCGAGGACACAGCCGCGCGCCUCAGCUCUCUGGACGCAAACUCGGGCGCUGCAUUCGCCAGACGGCUGGGGCUGAAGGUCGACCCGGGUAAUGCGCCGAAGCUGCAUCCGCAUUUGGUUGCGUGGAAUGUCGGGAUGCGGUAUCCGGUGGAGGGAGGUGCUUUGUUGGCGUCGGGGUCUACAGUAGUGCCUGUCGUGGAUAUCAUCUCCCAGGAGGAGAUGCGCGCGCUGGCGGCGGUGUUCUUUGAGAAGGUCGAUCCGUGCUACGGGUUUAUUGAUCGCGAUGGACUGCUGCGGCAGGCCAGGGCCAAUCCAAACUCCAACACCUCUUCCGUCCUCCCUUACGGACCCUACGAUGCUGUCCUCUGCGGCGUCGCAGCCUUUGGUCUACUCUUCUCGCGCCGACAGGCGUGCGAGACAGAGCGCCAACUCUCCGAGACGGCGCGACUGAUCCUGGACCAAGAGCUGUUAUCAGAUGCUACGCCGUCCAUCGACAUCGUCACCGCUAUGGUCCUCCGCGUCGCGUAUCUGCGCAUGACCGCCUCCCCGAACGCAGCCUGGAUGGCGAGCUGCUCGCUGAUGCAUCUCAUGGAAUCGACCGGGUUGCAUCUUGAGCCUCCAUCUGAUGACACCACCACAGCAACAGAGUCUGCAGCAACCACAGCAUCGGCAACAAUGAGCCCGCCCGUAGCCUGUGACCCCGAAACCCGCCGACGGCUCUUCGGCAUGGCGCGGCAUCUAAACGUGUGGAUAUCAUUCGAGCUCGCGCGCACCCGCGUCCCUGGACCCGAACACCCCUCCCCUGCCACCGUCCAAUCUCAAUCUCAACCCCAAAACCCCUCCCAAUCCAUCACCCUAACCCAAACCCUCCACCAAGUCCUCACCCUCACCCCUUCCCCCACCCAACCUGCCCCCGUACCGUCCCUCCUCCUCGUGCAAACCAACCUAGCCCUCCUCAUCUACCGCCGCCUCCGCGCCCUCAACACCACCCUCUCCCCCACGACACACGACCAAAUCCUCUCACUGGCCAAGAAAGCCCUCCACGCCGCGCGGGAGAUGGUGUCCGCAAACAGCCCCUGGCAUCAGGUCGCCAACGUACCCUUCCAGGUGGUUUGCACGCUGUUGGCGAUCGACAGUCGGGGGUCGCUGGGGAUGGUGGGCGAGGCGAUGCGGACGGUGCGGGAGGUGGUGGCGGCGUGGGAUACCGAGGGGAUGAGGGAGGCGUAUGGCAUGGCGUAUCUUCUGGUGAAGGGGCAUUGGAGGAGGAGAGUGGAAGAUGUGGGGGUUUUGGGCGUGGUGGUGGGGGGUGUUGAGGGGGAGAAUGUGCGUGGGGGAGGGGAGAGGGAGAACGUGGUGGAGACGGGACAAGGGCAGGGGCAGGGGCAGGGGCAGGGGCAGGGGCAGCAUCAUUCGCUCGCGGAUUAUCCGGGGUUCUCGUGGUUGAGUGAUCUGAUGGUUGAUAUCCCGGGCUUGGAGAGCUUUGAUAUGGACGCUGUUAUCUGUCCUGAUGCGGGAGGUUGAGUGGUUUGAAUAGGGGGGCGUGUCUAAUGGAUGCCUUUCGCUUUAGGGGUUUCUUCACGUCGCCUGCCUGGGGAAUAUCCCCGUGCCCCAGAAAUCACGGAACUAGUUCAUCCAACGAAAUCGGUUUCUCAUCCGCCCCUGACAUCUUCCCACGGCAUUCAUUCGAACCAACGUGUCGAGUGCCUCUGGGUCUGCUUACAGACCACCAAGACCUGGCUUGACACCCUCUUCUCGCUGCGGCCCCUGGAGUACGUCGGGCUAUCCAGCUUAAUGUGCGGCAACUUGACGCGCUCCUUCAUCGAUAUCUACCGCCUCUUCGCCUGCGACUAUCCGGAAUGGGACCGGGGGGGGGGG